AUGGAAUCGGUGACUUUGGUGACAGUCUCUCUCCUGACCCACCUCUGGGGAUCGGCCUGUGCAGGCUACCCUCCUCCCCCCAGAUUCUCUGUGUCCCCCAAACAAGACAUCUACAGAACUGGCGAACUGAUAAACCUCACGUGCUCCGUUCCCGACCACUACAACAUGUCCGGAGUCACCUUUUUCAACCAGCAAUGGAUGCUGCAUUUCCAGAAGCACCUGCCCUCUAGGGGGGCAUUCACAUAUGCCCUGCGCCCGUCUCCCCAAGACAGCGACAAGUAUUACUGUACCUACAAUGCUAUACAAAAGAGCGUGCAAUCACAGAGAAGCAACUCCAUCCAUAUUGCAGUGAUGGAUCCUCUUCCUCCUCCAGUACUGAAAACGGACCCUCCGUCCAGAGUGGUGAACGAAGGAGAGCCCUUGCUCCUCACUUGCUCGGCCAAUGGAGGCGGCGUGGAGAAAAGGUUCCAUUUCUACCGGGACGGUGUUGAGAUGAUCUCUGACAGCUAUGGGUCCGUGAGGUUCUCCAGAGAACAUGGGGAUGCCUCCGCAGGUGUGUCUGUAAACAUCCUGCAGGCUAAGCUCAACCACACCGGGGAAUUUGCCUGCCGGUAUGAGGAAAAAACGAGUAGGGGGUGGAUCGUCUCUCCAUGGAGUCAGAAGGUGUACCUCACAGUUUGGGCACCAAAUUGCUCUUCGCCACCCCUGAUAUAUGCAUGCUUGGCGAUUCCACUGGCGAUCCUGAUUGUCCCUCUUGCUUUUUACUGCACGAGAAGGAAGAGAGCGUUGAAAUCCGAGCAGGAAAACAAGGAAGAAGCAAAUUCCGAGUACCUUGAAAUGUUCAGCGCCACUAGGAAGCCUCAGAGGACUCAAACACCUUUUACUGCCUUGCCGCCCCCUUCUCUGCCUCAGCCCCCAAUAUCGCCUACAAGGAUGGAGAAUGGAGCCAAACCAGCAGAAGACCAGGAGGAAGGUCUCUACAACAACAUUCCCUUUCAGACCAAGAACAGAGCAGAACGAUACAAAGAUUCUGAAGAAGAAUGAGCCAUCCGGGAGAUUAAAACAUUCAGAUGGGAAUUUACGACCAAGGAGAUGGGGUGGAAGGGGUCAAGGAAGAGGGCAGUGGCUCACUUUCUGCAGCUGUUUCCUCAAGAACAGGGGUCAGCAAACUUUUUCAACAGGGGGCCGGUCCACUGUCCCUCAGAGCUUGUGGGGGCCGGGACUAUAUUUUGAAAAAACAAAUGAACAAAUUCCUAUGCCCCACAAAUAACCCAGAGAUGCAUUUUAAAUAAAAAACACACAUU